UCAUUCGCAUAAAGAUAAAAUAAGAAGGCGAAAGGAUUGUGCAAAAGGACAGAACCAGUUUAGAAUUCUAGUGCAAUUCCUCUCUCUUAGUUCAAUGAUUUUUUUCCCCCAAUUCUCCUUUUACUCCUUUUUCUUAUUUAUACUGAGAGAAGAAGAACUACAUAAGAAGCACAUGGGGUAAGAGACAUAGGGAGAUAGAGCAAAGUAGCUACUACCUCUAGGUCCUCUUCCACUAUAUGAUCUUUCACAUUUCACUUGAUCAUAUCAUACAUAUUGAGCAUCUAUAAAAGAACACCAACCUUGGUGCCUAGUUACUAGAAGAAAGAAGGGUUGAAUGGAUAUAUCUGGUGCUUCACAAUACAGUAGUGCUAGUGAAUCCGGUUGGACCCAUUAUUUGGACCAAUCCUCUCUUUCUGAAAAUUACUUCCAGAAGAGAGGUGGGGUUGUAGAGUAUGAAGAAAAGGGAGCAAAAAUGGAGGACUCUGAGGAAGAUUUAUCCAUGGUCUCUGAUGCUUCUUCUGGACCUCCACAUUAUGAUAAUCAAUGCUAUUGUGAGAAUUGGUAUCCUUACCUUUCUUUUACAAACAAGGAGCACCAAAAGAAGAAGAAGGCCAAAGAAAAUGGCAGAAGUAAACAGUCUUCACCUCUUGAUGACACUGCCAGUUCUCCUGUUUUCAACUGUCCAAAAGAUAGUCACAAGAAGCAAGACAGUUUCCAAAGGAAUGGAGUACUGGAGAGUGAAUUGGACUCUUCUCGAUGUGUAUCUGCAACAAGAACAAAGAGAAGACAAAAUUCCAGAAAUAGUUCAGUUGCUUAGAGUGCUCUCUUGCUGGAAAACUAGCUCCAGAGGAACAAGGAGGUAGUGAUUUUGAUGAAGAAGGGAAAUGAGUGAUUUUACUGUAUCCUUUGUCACUGUUGUUGUUGCUGCAUUGUUGUGGAAAGAGAGACCAGAAGAAGAAUGGAUGUCAAAGGAGAGAAGCUACUCUGUCUGUCAAAAGGAACUCCUUUUCUUUUUCUUCCUUCUUUUUCCCUUUUUUUUUUUUUUUUUCUAAAAUAUAAAAAAAGAAAAGCUCUUAUGUUGUAAUUUUACCACCUUUUUUUUAAUCUGCUCCUAUGCUACUGCCUAUGGUAUUGGGAGCAACCUAAGAGAAUAUAGGAAACUGAAUAAGGUUUCUGUCUUCCAUUUUCUUUUGUUGUCGUUAGUGGCAGGCAUCUCUGGGACCUCCCAGGUCUUCUUUGGAUACUAUUCACAAACUCUUACCUCAGAUCAUAUUAAUAUUCA